AUGGGCUGCAUAUUUUUUCUGCUGCUACUAUGUUUGGCUGUAAGUGGAGUUUAUUCUGCCCAAAAUAACGCUCUGCAGGCAGACCGAGAGGCUGAUCCAUCCCGGGAUAAGACGCUGAUUACAGGGGUGACAGGGCGUCGUAACCCGGGAAGGGAUGCUCCUACCCAGGCUCCAGUGGAGGACCACCGGCGGGGAGAGGAGCUUCACACCACAAGGAGAGACCCUCAUGUCGGGGUCGGAGAGGAGCAAUUUAUGCCGGUGAGAGAUGAUCAGCCCACCGCCGAGCCUCUAGAGGAUGAGCUAGACAACCAGGAGAACAUUAUGACCCAGUUGCUGGGGGACUAUGACAAGGUGAAGACCAUAUCAUCAGGGUCUGACUGUGUGUGUCGGUGUAUUGUUCAACCAAUCAAGCGCUCCGACUGCAGCCAUAUCCAUGAUAACGAACCAGGGCGGGCUACCUACAUUGUGGAGACGGUCACCAAGGGAACAGACUGCAAGAAGUGUGUGUGUCUGGCCCCGCCCUCUGCCGUUAACCCCUGUGAGGCAGAAUAUAGGUUUAAAAAACUACAGGAGGCAAGCAGAGAUGACAUUAAGCUCUCCACCAUCUUUGAUCUAUUAGAAGGCUCUCUGUAUGGCAUGGACUUGUUAAAGCUACACUCUGUUACCACCAAGCUGCUGACUAAGGUGGACAACCUGGAGAAGGCUUUCUCCCACAAUUUUACUGCGAAAAUGAGAGAGAAGGAAAGAGUGAAGGAGAGAGCAAAAGAAAAGGAGAAAGAGAAAGAAAAGAGGGCCCAGCAGAAAAAGAAGAAGGUCAGUGAUGUUGAAUGUCCUGGACAGAAACAUGGAAGCCAAUUGCAAGACAGCCUGGAGCAGCAAAGGCCAAUCAGAAACAAGACACAGUCACAUCAGCCAAUCAAAGACAAGACAGGGUUACGUCAGCCAGUCAAAGACAAGAACAAAAUGGUGAUUAGGGGUGUGACUUUCUAUAAGGCAGAGGGAGGCAGUGAAAACGAGGAAGAGGAGGAGGAGGAGGAGGAGGAGGAGAAUGGAAAAGGGCAAAAUACUACUCUGAAUUCAAACGCUGGAGUGAAUUUAUUGAUCUCCGACCACCUUCCUCCCACUGUGACUCCUCUCAUCAAGAUCCCAGGACCUUCCUCCACUCUUAACCCAAAACUAGACACCAAAGUCCCACUGGACAGAGCGAGUCUACCCUUACCCACUCAGCAACCAGCCACUUCCCCAGCCACCAGCACCCAAACCUCAGCCAAGAUUAACCCAACCACAACCACCAUUACACCAACAAUUACCACACCAAACUCAACUGUACAACCAACCACAACCAAACUGACGACCACCACUAGACAAACUACUAGUACAACACCAAAUUUGACGAGACCAACUACUACCACUACUAUUCAAGCCACCAAUACACUCACUCAGCCCAACACUUCACCUUUGGGUGCCAGUAUCAGUCUACCUGUUGAUGCCCCUGGCACAUCAACAGCAGCUUACCUACCUUCCAGAAGUCGGCUCAGCUGGACGGAAAGUCCGGAAGACCAACCAGCAGCUACCAAAAAGCCUGUGGUGUCAGUGUGUAAGGACACAGUAGCCAGCAUCUCAGAACCAGUCCAGCAGAACUCCUUCGGCCAUGGUGAUGGAGCCUGGAUGAAAGAUGCCCGCGGCCAUGGCAACGUCAUCUACCUUACCAAUGGUCACUAUGGUAACAACCUCCUGGAGUUCCGAGACAUGGACACCUUAAAGUCAGGUCAGGCAAGUAACUCAUACAAACUGCCCUACAGCUUCACUGGGACUGGCCAUGUUGUGUUUAAUGGGGCUUUGUACUACAACCGUGCCUUCAGCAGGGACAUUAUCAAAUACGACCUGAGGCACAGAUACGUGGCUGCCUGGACGACACUGCAUGAUGCAAUAUUGGAGGAGCAAGGUCACAGGACACAAACCGAGGUAGAGUUCGCUGUGGAUGAGUCUGGCUUAUGGCUGCUUUACCCGGCUCUGGACACAGAGGGCUUCCAUCAGGAAGUAAUCCUCCUCACCCAGCUCCGUCCCCGAGACCUUCAGUCAAUCCGAAGCUUCCGCACAGGCCUCCGGCGCGGUCGUUAUGGCAACAGCUUCCUGGUUUGCGGUGUGCUGUAUGCGGUGGACAGCAUGGAGCGGUUCUAUGCCAAUGUGACAUAUGCGUUCGACACACACACACUCACACAUACUGUACCGACACUGGCCUUCACAAACAUGCACAUGCACACAUCACAGUUGACCUACUGCCCUCUGGACAAGAAACUGUAUGCAUGGGACAAUGGACAUCAGAUGACCUAUAAUGUCAUCUUUGCUUAUUAG